GAUUCGGUGUGCGCACCGCGCGCCGCUCCUCCCACCCCGAGGUGCGGGCGGCGCGCGGCCUGACCCGGCUGCUCCUGGUCCCGCCGCUGCUCGGCUCUGCAGGUCUCCCUUCCGAGCUCGCUGCAGCUGCAGCUGCAGCCGGGCUGGACCGCUGAGCCAUGCGGGACGCAUGGAUGAGAGAGAGAAACAUCGAUGCAACAGAGAAGCAUUGAUUGGCUGUCUCCCAUAUGCACCUGGACUGGGGAUUGAACCUGAAACCCAGUUGCAGGAUAUUGUCAUCACUCCAAAAGGCAUCCUUGUCCCCAUGAUCAGGCGCUUCUCCCAACAGUCCUUCAGCCCCUGGCACCCACCAUCUACUUUCUGUCUCCAUGGACUUGACCGUGCUAGGUAUCUCGUGGAAGGUGGUUUCCGCAGAUUCACUGGAAAGCUGUGGUUGCCUCGAGGUGGCCAGAGGAGAGGACGCAGUCCCUGGGAGGGAAAAUAGCUGAUAGCACCCUACUCAGGGAGACAGCAGAAAUCCAAUUUGCAUCAUUUACACCAGCCCCACCCAAGGAGGAUGAAGUCAGGGCAGUGAAUCUUACUGUGGCGCAUCAGCACAAAGCGGAUGAACAUCUGUUGUGAUCCCCUCUGAGAGCUGCCCUAAACGCCCAACCCUUUAAAAGCCCUCAAGACAAGCACCUAGGGCAGGGUCCCUCUGGGGCACGUCCACGCCUUCCUUCCCCAUUUCUUUCUCAGAUGUGCAUUUUCUCCCUAAGUUCUAAGGGUCCCUGCGUGGCUUGGGGCGCAGUGGGCAGCAGAAGCUCGUCCUGGCUGACCCCCUGAGCCUGCCCUCAAGGCCUUUUGUUCUCUGACUUCCCGGUGAGCAGCCCUACGCCCUUCCUUGUCUCACUGUCCCAGCCGUAAUAAAUGUACUCUCAGAACCGUCUGGACUCCUGUUGUGAAACUGAAAUCUUUCCUGCACGAAGCCAAGAACCCACACUCUGCAGGCUGGCCCGGGGCAGAUCCGCUCCGGACCUGGCUCCUGUUCAGUAAUAAUCUGGGUAAGAAUGUUUAUAACCAGCGCAAUAUUUAUACACAGAUGGCUUUCUGAAAUUUGUUUUUAGAGUGUCAUGUAGAGAUUGGCUUCCUUAAGAAAACUGUAAAGAUUUUUUUCCCCCGCUCCUAGUUGCUGAUUCUCUUCAAUUAUGUACUGUUUCCCUCUUCCUGGCUCACAUUUGUAAGUGAACGUCUAACUUGAGCAGCCUUGAAGCUUCAGUGAGGUCUCUUGACAACUCUGUAGGUCAGUGUUUAAAUUUUUAAAAAGGGACCUUAACCUUCCCCCUCCCCAUUGUGUUCAGGAGUUGCUUCAGGCCAGGCCAGCUGACCUUGACUCAGUGUGCAGAGGUCAUGAGGUUUCGCUCUACUUCUGUGAGAGAAACAACUCCAAUGCCUUCUCUAGUCCUGUGUUCUGGGUAGAAUCUGCCACUAUUCCAGAGCAAGUCAUGACAGGCCGGAGGAAGCUAUGUGAUCGCGGCGUAGGAAAAACGACAGAGAAUGGACCGCUGAGAAAGCAGCGCAUCACCUGGAGGGAGAAGUCACCCGUCUGCUACCGGAGGCUCCACUUUGACAAAGGAAUGUUCAGCCUCACUUUCUGCAGUGAAACUGAGGGCAUAAAAUAGCCCACAAGCCAAAGGACGUGCUAGCAGAAGAUAAAUGAUGAUGAUUGCAAUUGCCCACGGCGGUCUGGGGAGUGGGCCUGCCUGUGCGGACCACACUCGGGAUGUGUGGACUCAGCUUUCUGCUCGUUUGUGGGUUUUUGUGGUCACCUCCUGUCCGGGUUGGGAGAUUUCCGGGCAGAGGGAGUUUUCCCAUGAGAAGCAGUGGCUUGAGCGUGGUCUCUGCACCCUGGAGAGUGAAGGCACGAGAGUCGGGAGGGUCUGCAGAGGUGUAGCUGCUUCUGUUGACAAGCCUGUACACUUGAAGUUGGUGCCUGGGUGGCUGUGCUUUGUUUUGGGCAUGCGCUGGUUUCUGAGCGAAGGUGAUUUUCUAUCCUCUUACUAGGCCCACGUCCUGGGGCCAACAGGCGAGUGCUGGAGUCAACACUGUGGGUACAAGUAGUCCCCCAUCUCUCGCCUCUGCAUGAUUUUUUACUCCGCUCAUGUGAGAGUGGUUGACUCUCAAUCACAGCCACAUCUUGCCUCAAGUGCCUGCCAGCCUCCUCAGUGUGAACAAGGGGUGGAAUUCUUGAGAUUAUGAUAUUACUUUCUCUUUCAUUGAAAUAAGCCAGGUUCUUGCUCUUCUGGGAAAUGAUUGGAGCCUAAUGAAAUGUACAUAAAGCAAAAGCCCCAAAUGCACUGAAAAAUUUCGUAAGGCAAGUCCAUCCCCGGGGCGACGCUGUACAAAGCGAGUGCUUGUUCUCCGGUAGGAAGUGCACCCGGUGGCACAGACGCAUGAUUCAGCUUUGGGAGACGUGGGCACCUCCUGUGGUCCAUUCAGGGCUUCCCUGUGGGCUUCUGUGUGCCAAACACGGUGCAUCGGCCAACACUACAGCGGGGAAAAAUACAGAAAGUGCUCUGUCCUUCGUUAUUCACCAGCGGGAAGGUGGACAGCAGUCCGAGGUUUGCCCAAAGAAAUAAUAAAACCUGAUCCUAUUAAUGAAAUUGAUAAAAUGCCACGCAAUGGGUGGCUUGGGUAAUAAAUACAGGACAUUGCCCUGGAGGGUUAAAGGGCCAAGGAUUUAUGUGUCCUGAAGAGAAACCAGACUGUGCCCGGAGGGCUAAGCUAGGCCAGCUGAGCAGAGGUGCAGUGGGGUGGGAGGGGAAGGAGGCGUGAGGGGCUUGUGCACAGGGAGGAGGCGGGUCUCUUCCGUGAGCUGAGAGGGAACAAGUGUGGCCCGAGGGUGCAGGCAGGGAGUCAGCUGUCACGGGGAGGGCAGGACGCAGUUGAUUUGUAAGGAGCUUGGUGGAUGGGCCAGUGGCCAUCUUUUUUUUUCCCCUUAAGUCCUCACCCCAGGAUAUAUUUAUUGAUUUUAGAAAGAGGGAGGGAGAGAGAGAGCUUAAUGUGCCAGCAGCCGGAUCUCCAAUUGUCAGCUUCCACAGCAGUGAGAAGGUGGACGCCAGGUGUCCUGUGGCAUUUUGUUAGGGCCGCCCCGAGCUGCCUAAGAUGCCAGUCCCCCAAGUGCCUUCCUAAAACUCUACGGUGAUCGAUUCUGAGGCCGGUGGUCAUUGGCAUGAACCCCUGGACCCCUUCUCUGCAGUCACUUGGUUUGACUGGAGAUGCCAUAUGCAAAGUGAGCAGGGGCUUCUCCGUUGGAUUUUGGAGAAGGGUGAAGGGCCCUAUCGGACCCCGGACUCAUCAGCUUUUAAAGCCUAGAGAAGGCUCGUGGACCCCCUGCUGUCUUCAGAAAAGGUCCAGCUGCUCGCGUGUCCUGUAAGGCUGUGCUGAGCUCCCUCUGCCUGACUUUCAGCCUCGCCUCCAAACUUUCCCUUUGCACAGUUCCCUGUUUCUGGAACCCACCAGGCCCCUCCGGGCUUGCUGCCUCUGCCCGUGGGCCUUACAAGGACAGCCGUCUUCAAUGUCCCCAUGUGGGACUCCUGCUGUCUCCUCUGUUUGUCAGAGAAAAAGCAGCUGGACAGGGGAGAACGUGUCAAAACAGGUUUGGUUCAGAAAUGGUUGCGGCGAGGUGGGGCUGGGCCAUUGUCCGAUAGUAGUGCGGGCAGCAGGGCUUCCCGGCUAGGGGCAGGGUGGCCUCCGUGGGUGGGAGUGACGGGGGGAUCCUGGCCACUCGACAGGGUUCUUGCCAAAGGCGGGCCAGGCCGGGCAGAUACCACGCCCGGAGGAUGGGGAGUUUGAUCAGAUAAUGAGGGUGGGGGGUCCUAGCUCAGCCCACUCAGUAGAAUUCUUGCUAAAACUGGGCGAUGCACAGACGGACAUGGAAUUCCAGAGGCUGAGGUCUUGUUGAGAAGGGGGUUCAGGGAGAUUCCUGGUCAGGCCCACUUACCUCCUAGCUGGUCGUACCUAGUUACUGCCCUGCUUGUCCUGGGGGCUGUGACUCCUCAAAGAUUUGUUCUUCUUGUUGUUGAACCUUGGACCCCUGAGCGCUGCCUGCCGCACUCGGGUGAGGUUUUCUCUUUUUUCUUAAAUUGAAUUUAUUUGGGUGACAAUGGUUAAUAAAAUUGUAUAGGUUUUAGGUAUACAAUUCUGUCACAUAUCAUUUGUCCAUUGUAUUGUACGGUCACCACCCCGAGUCAAGUCUCCUUCCAUCCGUCACUACCAUCCCCUUUACCGUCCACUCUCCCGCUUCCCUCUGGCAGUCACCAUACCGUCGCCUGUGUCCGUGAGUCUUGUCUCUCCUUUUCUCUCUCUCUGCUUAAUCCCUUCUCAGGCAACGGUUCUCAGAUGAGGUUUUCUGAGGCAGUGGAGGAACCUGGGGUGAGGCCGUUGUGUUCCCUUGUGCGGCCUGUGGGUUACACCGGAAGUCCUUCCAGCAGGAUGUAUUCUGUCCUCAGCUGGACAGCCUCAAAGGACGCGCACAGAAUGCUCUCAUGGCCGUGCUGGUGGGGGCACUUCCCAGUGAAGUUCCCCGCAGCCACGGCCAGCAUGAAAGGUGAAGCAUGAAUGCGAUUUUUGUUCACCGCUCUUGGCUGAGCUGAUCAGGUGAAGUGAAAGGCAGAGAAAGAAACCAUUCCUCACUGGGUCGGGACACGUGAAUUUCCUUCCCGCCAGGUGCCCUCUAAACACCUCUGCUUGCAGCCCCCCAGCCCUGGCUGGGCGACAGCCCACAGAGUCCCCGGCAGCUGGUGUGACCGGCCACAGCCAGAGGGCACCCCCAUUGGGCCCCCCGUGGAGCUGCCAUGGGGUGCCCCACUAGAGGGUAAGACAUUUCUUAAAUGGGGGAGGGGUUGAAAUAGAGUUGGUGAUUUGUUAAGUAGGAAAAUUUUAAAAAUUGUCAGCACUAUUACCAUUUUUUUUCAUAAAAUUAAAGAAAAAUCUUUUACCAAAAAGACUGGAAACUCUCACUGUGUGCUGUUCACAGUGUCCCACUGUGCUCGACCCCCAUCCUGACUCCCAGGCCCAAGCUCAGCCCUAGCUCUGUCGGAAGGGCAGGUCAGAUAGAAAUAACAGUGACAACCACAGACCUCAGAGUGACAGGAAAUGCAGGGGUGGCCUGGCCCACUGCCCAGAUGUCCACAGGGCUGUUGUCUUCCUGCUCCUCGAGUUGCUGCCGGCGUCAGUUUUGAAACGUGAGAGUCAGGCCGGGAGAAGACCCCGAACGCCGACCAGGAGCAAUACCCUGGGGUCUGACACCUUAGAUAGGGAAAACAUUACUUAUUUUUAUGGACCUUUAACUGAAAUUGAGUGCUUCUUCCAUCAUGGUUCUGGGCACUGGAGCAGUUUCCAGGGGCUGCAAAGUACCACGCACAGAGGGGCUUAGGCAGCGGGUACUUACUGUCUCCCAGUUCUGGAGGCUGGAAGUCCAAAACCAAGGUGCUGGCAGGGCUGGUUCCAGCUGGUUCCAUCCAGUCUGUCCCAUCCUCUCCCCAGCUUCUGAUGGUUGCUGGCCAUCUUUGGGUUCCUUGGCUUGUAGAAACAGCACCCCAGUCAGUGACAUCGUCACGUGACAUUCUGUGUGUGUGUGUGUGUGUGUGUGUGUGUGUGUGUGUGUCUGUGUCCAGAUUUCCCCUUUUAAUUAAGAUACCAGUUGUAAAUGGAUUAGGACCCACCCUAAUGACCUCGUUGUAACUGGGUCAAUUUCUGGUUGCCAAAUAACGGGGCCUUUUGAGGUAGUGGGGGUUAGGACUCUGGUAUAUGAAUUUAGGGUGCAGACAAUUCAGCCCAUAACAGGCACUGUGUGGGGGCGGCUUUGCCCACAAGUCCCCCCCCGUCCACCACAGAUGAAGGUAAAUGAUUGGCUUGGGGAGGAGAGGUGGCUGAUCCCUCAGAAGGGAAGGGCUUUUACUGGGUUGUAAUACACAGGAGUACAGGGCGGCAAGUGUCAAACAGUAGAUAACAUUUCAAAGAAGUCUGAGGGCUUAGUCUGAGUCAGUGUUUGUCAGGAAGAGGGUUUUGCAGAAACUUUAGGGUUUCCUGCUUGGACCCUUAACAUAUGAAUGAAAGCACUCUUAGCAGAGCAGUUUUCACAGGUUUAUCAGGAAGUCUUUGUGAUGCCAGAUUUUCCCCUAGGAACUGCUCUAAUAAGGCAAGGAGCUGCACCCCUCCCCAGCAGGUAUUCAGGCUUAAGUGGAUAAGAGCCAGGAAUUGCUUCACCCAGAGGACUAGGGGACUCGGGCUAUGUCACAUAGCCGGGGGGGCAAGGGUCCAUUGCUUGCUCUUUGUUGCAGCCCCCCGAGUCCUUCCAUGAUGGCCUCCCAAGUGAUCGAGUCUGGCUUAGGUUGCUCCUUGCUGUGAGGAGACUUACCCAUCAUGGACUUUUGACCAUGCUUUGGGGGCAGGGAGGAAACUGAGGCAGCAUUCGCUACCAGAGACAAGCUUUGUCUCCUGUGGCUCGCAUUCCAGAGGUCGCUCACUCAUCUUUAGCCAUGGGAGGUAGUUACAAAUCCUGAAACCAGGCAGAGUGGUUCCCAACAGCACUGAACCAUAUAGCAGUAGAGUCUCUGCCUUUGUCUCCAAAAGAAGUCACUGAUACUGUCACAUCGUAGUGUAGUUGUGUAUGUUUCCCAGUAAGGACAGAGCUCUGCUGCCUCUACCACAAACACAGUGACUCAGCGCGGAGCUGGAAGUCAUUGGUAGAGACAGCAAUGAGCAAGUGCACUCAUAGUGGCACAGAACAUCGCUCCAGAGUGCUUUAAAGAUACUUUAAUACAUUUAUUUCAACAUAAUUGACUUCUUUUGUGGUCCCAAGUAUUUUGUUUUAUGAACUGUGUUAAAAAGAUCCAUGGUAUAUGAGGCCUGUCUGGAAAAAGUCCAGCCGUUGUUAAUAUAACGAGAAUGGUUUGUGUGGUAUCGAUGUAAUCUGGCAGCCGAGGAGAGUGAACUGGAAGGCGCAUGCGUGAACAAUGACAACUUCACUGUACUGGUCAACGGGACAGUAGAUGGUGUUGAGUGAGCAUGUGUCCUGUGCGGCCAUUGCAUUCAAAAGGACUGAGAGAGUGGAGCUAUGAAUCUGCAUCAAAAGGCCACUCGCUGUCCUUUUUGGUGGCCCCCCAGGCUGUGUUCUCUCUCCAGGUGCCCUGGCGCUUCUGCAGGCGUGGCCUGGGAUGUGAGCCAGCAGUCAGGGGUGCGGCUGUCAGAGCAGCUUGCAGACCACCCUUCCUGCUGUUUGGGUUUGGGCGUCCCGUGGACAAUACAGUCCACUUGUCUGUGACCGGGAACGUGAGGGCAGAAUGCUCUAGCAAGGUGGGACCAAGCUGACAUUACCCAGUGCCACCCAUGCUAUUAAAGGGCACACUCUGCCCUGGCCAGUUGGCUCAUUGGGUUGGAGCAUCAUCCCUUCACCAAAAGGUUGUGGGUUCUAUCCCCAUUCAGGGCACAUACGUACGUUGCAGUUUCCAUCCUUGGUCAGGGUAUGAGGCAACCUAUUGAUGCUUCUCAUAUCUGUGUUUCUCUCUUUCUCCCUUCCUUUCUCUCUACAAUCAAUAAACAUCCUCUGGUGAGGAUUAAAAAAAAUUAAAGGGCAAACUUUGGAAAGAAGUCAUGACAGAAAUAAUGACAGCCAAGCAUCCAGGGCCUUCUAACCCUCUGGUGAGGGAGGCAUCGUCACCCCAGUUGGAGAGGAGGAGGUCUGGCACAUUUGUGGCCUUGUGCCACAUCACACCACCGCUGUGGAUGAGUCACGCAUGAACUGGCCUGCAGUGCCCGCGGCGUUAUGGAUGAUAAGUCAAGACAAAUUCCUGGACUACCGAGUCCUGUGGAGAAAAAGGGAUGGCAUGGCUGCUCCCUCAAGGCGGGAGAGCCUCAGAACGGCCUGGCCACUCUCUCAAGGGGAGAGCGCCCCAACCCUUGCCUAGAUAGGCUUUGUUGUUUUUUUUUUUUUGUGCAGGAGUAAAGGUAAAACUUAUUAAUCAUUGUCAGGCAGUAAACAGUAGAUAGCAUACAAAGAACUAUUAGGAUUUCUUCUAAGUCAGAGUCUAUCAGUUAAAAGGCUACAAAACUUUGGGGAAGCAAACUCAAUUUCUGCUGGGGCCCUUAUCAUUUAACUAAUAACAUUCUUAGCAAAGCAGGCUUCACAGGAUUUUACAUAUCCUUUCUCAGGCCUAAUCACCUGGGGAGCCCACCAUUCUCAGCACAGGGCUGCACCACCCUCAGUCAUUGUUUCAGGCUUAAGUCAGACAGAGGAGGUAGAUAGCCAUGGAAUUUUGGGAGACUUCUCUCAGACUCAGGGGAGUCAGGCUUCGUCAAAACCAAGGGGCAAGGGUCCAUCACCCCCUUUCUUCAUAGCCCCCCAAGUCCUUCCCUGGGCCUCCACGUGAUCAUGCCUGUCUUAAGUCAGUCCUCCCUUGGGGAAUCUUGCCCGUCAUUAACCAACCAAGCACUGGAGGCCAGUUAUGGAAAAAGGAGCAGAAGCAGCGCUCCUGCCAGGGAGAUAAGCUUUGUUUCCUUAGUGGCUGAUGGUCCCAAGGUCACUCACUCAGCCUUAGCUCCUGAAACCAGACAGGGUGGUUCCCAACAGAUAAGCCGCCCGGGACCAAAGUCUUUGCUUCCCACACCCCUGUGUCCCCAUCCCAACAGCCUGCCCAAAGUCCACAGGGGGACUUUUUUUUUUCUGUGCUGCAGCACCCUUAGCUGAGUCACAGUGGAAAAUGGAGUAGGUGCUGAUUUGACAGUUAACGAUGUUCCUUCAUGUCACUUGGUCAUUUCUUCUUCUUCGGACCCCUGUGUCCUCUCAGGUGGGGUGGCAUUUUGAAGACACAGGCACCAAGUUGAGAACUGAUGGGUUUCUUCCUUCUCCAUGGUAAGUUCUUCGAGCGUCAGCCACACUUUGGGUGUAGAGGAGGCGACGGUGACAGGAGAAAUGGGACGGUGACUGACUUACAUCUUUGUACAGUGCUCCGAGUGCUGCUACUACUGUACCUUGGGCCAGAAAGGACGCUCAGACAGUUGCGUGAUGUUAUUUUUGUCGACAGGUGAACCAGAACGCCAUCAUUUUCAGGAAGCUAACCAAGCUAGAACUUGAGAGCCCAGAACAGCCUGUGCUGACAACAGCGUGGAACAAAUUUCCUCUUGGACUUUACCCUGUGGCUUAGCUUUCAAACCAGUGGUUCAUCUUGCCCAGGAGAAUAUGGCUUCCGUGAAGAUGAGGUGGAUGUAUAUUUCCCUCGUGGCUCUGGGAGCCCUCUGUUUGUACUUCAGCAUGCAUGAUCUGUCUUUCUUUAAAGAAGAGUUGUUUGUUUUCAAGAAAGACAGCGGGAAGUUCCUCCAGCUCCCAGACACCGAUUGCCAGCAGGACCCUCCCUUCCUUGUGCUGCUGGUGACAUCAUCGCCCGAGCAGCAGUUCGCGCGCCUGGUCAUCCGGAACACGUGGGGAAAAGAAAUGGUCGUGGGAGGAAGGCGGAUAAAAACAUUCUUCCUCCUGGGAAUCAGUGCCAGGAAGACCAUCGUGGAGGCGGUGGCCCAGGAAAGCAGGCGACAUCGCGACAUCAUCCAGAAAGACUUUGUGGACGUUUAUUUCAAUUUGACCCUGAAGACCAUGAUGGGGAUAGAGUGGAUCCACCACUUCUGUCCCCAGGCAGCAUUCGUGAUGAAAACAGACUCCGACAUGUUCAUCAACGUCUACUAUCUGACGGAGCUGCUGCUGAAGAAAAACAGGACAACCAGGUUUUUCACUGGCUUCUUGAAAAUGAACGACUUUCCGAUCCGGCAGAAACAGAGUAAGUGGUUUGUCAGUAAAUACGAAUAUCCGUGGGAGAAGUACCCGCCGUUUUGCUCCGGCACAGCCUACGUGUUUUCCAGCGACGUCGCGAGUCAGGUGUACAACGUGUCAGAAAGCGUCCCCUUCCUUAAGCUGGAAGACGUCUUCGUGGGGCUCUGCCUUAAGAAACUGGACAUCGGCCUGGAGGAGCUUCACUCCCAGCAGACCUUCUUCCCCGGCGGGCUGAGCUUUUCCAUCUGCCGUUUCAGGAAGAUCGUGGCCUGCCAUUUUGUGGGGCCUCAGAAAAUGCUGAUCUAUUGGCGAGCUCUGGAAAGUUCCCUGGGAGAAGAGUGUCCAGCUGAGUGAGGGGAGCCCAGUGGCACCUCUGGAUGUGCUUCUGACAAUCCGCGGUGAUGGUCUUUGAAAAAUCUUGAGAUGGCAUUGCUGAAAAUUGUUAGGGGACAGGAAGGGAGGGAGGAAGGGAGAGGAGGAAGGAGAGGGAGGGUGACGUCAUGUAGUGUUCCAAAUCUAAGCUGGAACGAGAGCUCUGAUGAAACCACUGAUCACUUUCGACUUAGUGCCCCAAGCAAUAAUAGCGCCACCUCUUGGGCACCUCUGCCAUCGUGCCAGGUGUUGGGCGCACACCUGCACUUUCUCAUUUCAGGGGCCAGCGUCCACGUGAGGUGGGGGUGUUGUCAUUCCCGUUUGACACAGAAGGAAACAGCAGCUUUGGGAGGGACAGGAACUUGUCUUCAGGUUCCCAGCCAACAAACGUCGGAGCAGGGAGGGACAUCGAGGGCUGUCAGGGUCCAGUGGGCGCCCCUAGCUUGGUCCGCCACUUCCUUGGAAAAGAGUGGUGGCGAGGAGGCUCCGAGCGCAGCCCUGCUGCUGGUGCCGGUCCGUCCUCGUCGGGGCCCCUCCUCCUCAGCUCCCCGUGUUGUGCUCUCCUGGGCUAAGACUGGGGUGAGCACACGUGUGCCCCGCUGCCUUCUUUCCUGCCCUGGAUCUGCGGUGGGGGGUGGGGUGGGCACUGAGUCCCUGUGAGCAGGGUACUCAGCUCCUCGCAGAAGAGAGCCUGCCAUGGCUGCAGCUCAGUCCCCGACAAACCCGUUUUUAUAUGUUUUGCUCAGAAAUUACCGCCAAGCCUGGCCCCUCGUGUGGAGGACUCGUUGGCACACGGCUGCCCCCCCCAAGAGCAUGGCAUCUCCUCCGAGCCACCUCCAGCCUCCCGUCUGUUUGCCCCAGACAGGACGCUCGGGGCUGCGCGUCAGGUCUCUAAGUUCACACCCGAGGGCAGUGGGGUGCAAGGGUUGGUCGGGGAAGUCUUCUGGGAGCUUUUCCGGGAAUUCAGGUGGAUUUUUGUUAAGACCCUUUCAAGGUCCGCUCGGACACUGAUCGCUGCACUGAGCCCUGUUCGAGUGAGCGGUCUUCCUGUGUCUGUUGCCCAAGUCUGACCCGAGUUCCAUCUUUGAGUUACUCAUGUGGCCAAGACACAGUUGAGUUUCGUGGUGUGGAGUUCAGCCUUCCACGCCCUCCCAGACGAUGUGCGCGCCUUUUGUGCAGGGUUGUGUGAAAAUAGGGUGCUUCUUUGCAAGGGCCUUGGCUCAUUCAGCCAUGGUCACACUACAUGCUGGUCAUCUUGCUGCUGAUCAUAGGAAUAGAAGGUUUAGUGUUUACUUUAUUGGACUUGACUUUGCCAGCGCUCAGAGCAAAGGCCUCACAUGGCUACGUAACAUAUAUGUGUUGGACUAAGCUCUGACCUGAACUCAGGAAGAGAUAUUCGCUGCAAACUGCCACGGCCACGCCGAAGUGCAA